AUGGCGCUGCGAGCGAGGCGCGGGGCGUCCGGGAGCCGGGGCGUCCUGCUGCUGCCGCCGCCGCUGCCGCUGCUCCUGCUGCUGCUGCUGCUGCUGCGCUCGGGCGCCGGCGGGGCUGCGGCGCGGGGCGAGGCGGAGGCACCCACCCUCUAUCUGUGGAAGACCGGUCCCUGGGGCCGAUGCAUGGGAGAUGAAUGUGGUCCAGGAGGCAUCCAAACCAGGGCUGUGUGGUGUGCUCAUGUGGAAGGAUGGACGACACUGCACACAAACUGUAAGCAGGCCGAGAGACCCAAUAACCAGCAAAAUUGCUUCAAAGUUUGUGACUGGCACAAAGAGUUGUAUGACUGGAGGCUGGGACCCUGGAAUCAGUGUCAGCCCGUGAUUUCAAAACGCCUAGAGAAACCUCUAGAGUGCACUAAGGGGGAAGAAGGCAUUCAGGUGAGAGAGAUAACGUGCAUCCAGAAAGACAAAGACAUCCCCGCGGAGGAUAUCAUCUGUGAGUACUUUGAGCCCAAGCCUCUCCUGGAACAAGCUUGCCUCAUUCCUUGCCAGCAAGACUGCAUCGUGUCUGAGUUUUCCGCCUGGUCCGAAUGCUCCAAGACCUGCGGCAGCGGGCUCCAGCACCGCACGCGUCACGUGGUGGCGCCGCCGCAGUUCGGGGGCUCGGGCUGCCCAAACCUGACGGAGUUUCAGGUGUGCCAGUCCAGUCCGUGCGAAGCUGAAGAGAGCAUGUACAGCUUGCAAGUGGGGCCCUGGAGCACGUGCUCAAUGCCGCACUCGCGACAAGCGAGACAAGCCAGGAGACGUGGGAAGAAUAGAGAGCGGGAAAAAGACCGAGGCAAAGGAGUGAAGGAUCCGGAGGCCCGUGAACUUAUCAAGAAGAAGAGAAACAGAAACAGACAGAGCAGACAAGAGAACAGAUACUGGGACAUCCAGAUUGGAUAUCAGACCCGGGAGGUUAUGUGCACUAACAAGACGGGGAAAGCUGCUGAUUUCAGCUUUUGCCAGCAAGAGAAGCUGCCAAUGACCUUCCAGUCUUGUGUGAUUACCAAAGAGUGCCAGGUGUCCGAGUGGGCGGAAUGGAGCGCAUGCUCAAAAACUUGCCACGAAGUGACAUCCCCUACAGGCACUCGUGUGAGGACACGGACCAUCAGGCAGUUUCCUAUUGGCAGUGAAAAGGACUGUCCAGAACUUGAGGAGAAAGAACCCUGUGUGUCUCAAGGAGAUGGAGCUGCCCCCUGUGCCACGUACGGCUGGAGGACGACGGAGUGGACCGAGUGCCGCGUGGACCCGCUGCUCAGCCAGCAGGACAGGAGGCGCGGCAACCACUCGGCCCUGUGCGGAGGAGGCGUCCAGACCCGAGAGGCGUACUGCGCGCGGGCCCGCGAAAACCUCCCCUCGAACCUGAGUGCCCGCCAGGACACAGAAGCUUCAAAACCAGUGGACAUGAAAUUAUGCACUGGCCCUGUCCCUAAUACUACACAGCUGUGCCACAUUCCUUGUCCAAUUGAAUGUGAAGUUUCACCUUGGACAGCUUGGGGACCUUGUACUUAUGAAAACUGUAAUGACCAGCAAGGCAAAAAAGGCUUCAAACUGAGGAAGCGGCGUAUUACCAAUGAGCCCACCGGAGGCUCUGGGGGGACUGGAAACUGCCCUCACUUACUGGAAGCCAUUCCCUGCGAAGAGCCAUCCUGCUAUGACUGGAAAGCAGUGAGGCUGGGAGACUGCGAGCCAGAUAAUGGGAAGGAGUGUGGUCCAGGCACUCAAGUGCAAGAGGUUGUAUGCAUCAACAGUGACGGAGAAGAAGUUGACAGACAGCUGUGCAGAGAUGCCAUCUUCCCCAUCCCUGUGGCCUGUGAUGCCCCGUGCCCCAAAGACUGUGUGCUCAGCAUGUGGUCUACAUGGUCCUCCUGCUCACACACCUGCUCAGGGAAGACCACAGAAGGGAAACAGAUCCGAGCCCGGUCCAUUCUGGCCUAUGCGGGUGAAGAAGGUGGAAUUCGCUGUCCAAAUAGCAGUGCUUUGCAAGAGGUGCGCAGCUGCAAUGAGCAUCCUUGUACUGUGUACCACUGGCAAACCGGUCCUUGGGGCCAGUGCAUCGAGGACACCUCAGUAUCAUCCUUCAACACAACCACAACUUGGAAUGGGGAGGCAUCCUGCUCUGUUGGCAUGCAGACCAGAAAAGUCAUCUGUGUGCGAGUCAAUGUGGGCCAAGUGGGACCCAAAAAGUGUCCUGAAAGCCUUCGGCCUGAAACAGUGAGGCCUUGUCUGCUCCCUUGUAGGAAGGACUGCAUCAUGAGCCCAUACAGUGACUGGACUUCAUGCCCUUCCUCAUGUAGAGAAGGGGACUCCAGGGUCAGGAAGCAGUCUCGGCACCGGAUUGUCAUUCAGCUGCCAGCCAACGGAGGCCGGGACUGCACAGAUCCGCUCUAUGAAGAGAAGGCCUGCGAAGCCCCUCAAGAGUGCCAGAGCUACAGGUGGAAGACUCACAAGUGGCGCAGGUGCCAAUUAGUCCCUUGGAGUGUGCAGCAGGACAGCCCCGGAGCACAGGAAGGCUGUGGGCCUGGACGACAGGCAAGAGCCAUUACCUGUCGAAAGCAAGAUGGAGGGCAGGUUGGCGUCCUUGAGUGCCUCCAGUAUGCAGGCCCUGUGCCAGCCCUCACCCAAGCUUGCCAGAUCCCUUGCCAAGAUGACUGUCAAUUCACCAGCUGGUCCAAGUUUUCUUCAUGCAAUGGAGAUUGUGGUGCAGUUAGGACCAGAAAGCGCACCAUUGUUGGAAAAAGUAAAAAGAAGGAAAAAUGUAAAAAUUCCCAUCUGUACCCCCUGAUUGAGACUCAGUAUUGUCCUUGUGACAAAUACAAUGCACAGCCUGUGGGUAACUGGUCAGACUGUAUUUUACCAGAGGGGAAAGUGGAAGUGUUACUGGGAAUGAAAAUACAAGCAGACAUCAAGGAAUGUGGACAAGGAUACCGUUACCAAGCAAUGGCAUGCUACGAUCAAAAUGGCAGGCUGGUGGAAACAUCCAGAUGUAACAGCCAUGGUUACAUUGAGGAAGCCUGCAUCAUCCCCUGUCCCUCAGACUGCAAGCUCAGUGAAUGGUCCAACUGGUCGCGCUGCAGCAAGUCUUGUGGGAGUGGUGUGAAAGUUCGCUCUAAAUGGCUGCGUGAAAAACCAUAUAAUGGAGGAAGGCCUUGCCCCAAACUGGAUCAUGUUAACCAGGCCCAGGUGUAUGAGGUUGUCCCGUGCCACAGUGACUGCAAUCAGUACAUAUGGGUUACAGAGCCAUGGAGCGUCUGCAAGGUGACCUUUGUGAAUAUGGGAGAUAACUGUGGAGAGGGAGUACAAACCCGAAAAGUGAGAUGCAUGCAGAAUACAGCAGAUGGCCCUUCUGAACAGGUAGAGGAUUACCUCUGUGACCCAGAAGAGAUGCCCCUGGGCUCUAGAGAGUGUAAAUUACCAUGCCCUGAGGACUGUGUGAUAUCUGAAUGGAGUCUAUGGACCAGAUGUGCUUUGCCUUGCAAUCAAAGCAGUUUCCGGCAGAGGUCAGCUGAUCCCAUCAGACAACCUGCUGAUGAAGGAAGAUCCUGCCCUGAUGCUGUGGAGAAGGAACCUUGUAACCUGAACAGAAACUGCUACCACUAUGAUUAUAAUGUCACAGACUGGAGUACAUGUCAGCUCAGUGAGAAGGCAGUUUGUGGAAAUGGCAUUAAAACAAGGAUGUUGGAUUGUGUUCGAAGUGAUGGAAAGUCAGUUGACCUGAACUAUUGUGAAGAGCUCGGCCUGGAGAAGAACUGGCAGAUGAACACAUCCUGCAUGGUGGAAUGCCCUGUGAACUGUCAGCUUUCUGAAUGGUCACCUUGGUCAGAAUGUUCUCAAACAUGUGGCCUCACAGGAAAGAUGAUCCGAAGACGAACAGUGACUCAGCCCUUUCAGGGUGAUGGAAGACCAUGCCCUUCCCUCAUGGACCAGUCUAAACCUUGCCCAGUGAAGCCGUGUUAUCGGUGGCAAUAUGGCCAGUGGUCUCCGUGCCAAGUGCAGGAGGCCCAGUGUGGAGAAGGGACCAGAACAAGGAACAUUUCUUGUGUCGUGAGUGAUGGGUCAGCUGAUGAUAUCAGCAAGGUGGUGGAUGAAGAAUUCUGUGCUGACAUUGAACCCAUUGUAGAUGGUAAUAAGAAAAUGGUUUUGGAGGAAACCUGCACCCAGCCUUGUCCAGGUGACUGUUAUUUGAAGGACUGGUCUUCGUGGAGCCUAUGUCAGCUGACCUGUGUGAACGGUGAGGAUCUAGGCUUUGGAGGAAUACAGGUCCGAUCCAGAGCUGUAAUUAUACAAGAACUAGAAAAUCAACAUCUGUGCCCAGAGCAGAUGUUAGAAACAAAAUCAUGUGAUGGUGGGCAGUGUUAUGAGUAUAAGUGGAUGGCCAGUGCUUGGAAGGGCUCUUCCCGAACAGUCUGGUGUCAAAGGUCAGAUGGUGUGAAUGUAACAGGGGGCUGCUUGGUGGUGAGCCAACCCGAUGCUGACAGGUCUUGUAACCCACCGUGUAGUCAACCCCACUCAUACUGUAGCGAGGUGAAAACAUGCCAUUGUGAAGAAGGGUACACUGAAGUCAUGUCUUCUAACAGUACACUUGAGCAGUGCACACUUAUCCCUGUGGUGAUGAUACCCACCAUGGAGGACAAAAGAGGAGAUGUGAAAACCAGUCGGGCAGUACAUCCAACGCAACCCUCCAGUAACCCAGCAGGACGGGGAAGGACCUGGUUUCUACAACCAUUUGGGCCAGAUGGGAGACUGAAGACCUGGGUUUAUGGUGUAGCAGCUGGGGCAUUUGUGUUACUCAUCUUUAUUGUCUCCAUGAUUUAUCUUGCUUGUAAAAAGCCAAAGAAACCCCAAAGAAGGCAAAACAACCGACUGAAACCUUUAACCUUAGCCUAUGAUGGAGAUGCAGACAUGUAA